AGCAUGCCCUGACAUUGGUUGAGAUGGAGUUUCUUGAUUUUUUUUUUCUACACUAGAACUUUGAUCACUCAAUGUUUCCCUCCCAACCAACAACUAGGAUUACAGGUUUAAGCCAUCAUACUUUUCUUAAAAAUCUGUAUUCUUGAUGCCAUCUGCUGAGAUUAUCAACAGAUAAUCAACAAGAUUCGGAUAUGGAGCAACUUGCUGGAUGGAAGUGAGCUGUUUUAAAGCAUUUAUUACUUUCCAAAAGUCAUCUUGAAAUACGAAGGUCCAAAAGAAAGAGGCAACAAGCUGUACUUAAAAAUCCAAUAAAAGGUGUGAAGAAUUGCACCAGCUGAGUGAUUUAAAAGCUCAACUGUGACAUCAACUAACUUCUGGCCCUUAGGUGACAUACUGACCACUUUGAGCCACUGUCAUUCUGUAGAUUAAUGUUAGCAAAUGUAGAGAUUUGGAAAUGGAAAGGAUCAGACCCUCAAGAUCAUUUGGUCCACCUGCCUUCAAGGCGGCAUCUUGCUGCCAUGUGCUUUUGAUGGAGGUGGCCAGGCAUUGUUGGUUCCAAUCACUUCCAGCCAUGGAGAAAUCAUUAUCUCUGUAUUAAGACUGUGAUGUACUUCUGCAUGAAUCUCCCCCUUCAUAUCUGUGGCCCUGGCCAGGCUGCCUUCUGUCCACUGGAGUUAGCAAGUCCUUAAACUGUUCCCCCAUGACAGCCCUUCAGCUAUGACCACCUAGAGCUCCAUUCUCCCCGGUAUUCUGUCCUGUCUCCACUUCUGCAGUUCGUUAUGUCCCCAGUUUCCUCUAGGGACACUUCGAUUUUCUUUGCACUUGCCUGGAUUUAGCCUCUCCUUUAAAACUUGCUAUUUCAGCACCUGUGCGCUGGCGACUAGCCCUCCGAAUGCUUCUUUAGCCAUCCAACAGCUAAGCAGUGUUCCACUUUACUUUUGGACAGUCCCAUCCACCAGACACAACCUUUGUCCCCAAACACCACAUUCACUUUACACAAACUUGUUGACCUCACACCUAAAUCAACUUUUCUUAAAUCCUCAUCUGAACAAAUAAACAUUCCUUGUGAUCGGCGGAUAUCCCGAAAGGCGUCAGGAAGGGCGGGCUUGGGCAGCGCUGGCUCAGCUAGCCCGCCAUCAGGGCCUCUGAUUUGAUUUCCUCUUUCUCUUCUGAAUUUAAGAAGUGAGACAAAAAAGCAAUUCCUGUUAAUCUCUCCGACAACGCCGGAGGCUCGAGACUCAGGAAGUUGGGUUUCACCCGAGUAACAAAGAAGUGGACCACCCACAUCAGGACCUCAGGAGGGCAGGUGGCUUGUAGGCUCUGCAGGAGGUCCCAGGGGCCACGCUGCCUAUCGCUCGCUCUGCCGGGGCCGCGCAGCGUCUUCCAUGUCCCCGACGUGUCGGGCUGCUAGUCUGCGGAAGGCAGCGGAGGACUUGGGGUGCCCCGUGCCACGCUAACUCAGACGCGCGCCCCCGCGGGCACCGAACGCCCCAACACCUGCGCGGGUCGCCGCGGACGCCAGCUGCGAUCGUGCGCCCUCGAGGGGCUGCGGGGAGCCCAGGAUGGCUCCGGGCGGGGCAGUGGCCGGGCUCCUGCUGCUGACGGCCACGGGGCUCGGAGGGGCGGCCGAGGGGACCGGGCUGGCGUUCAGCGAGGAUGUGCUGAGCUUGUUCGGGGCUAAUCGGAGCCUGUCGGCGCCGCAGCUCGGGCUCCUGCUGGAGCAGCUAGGAGCUGCGCCCCACAGGGGCGCCUUGGAGCUGGGCCACCUGCACUUCAACCAGUGUUUAUCUGCAGAAGAGAUCUUUUCUCUUCAUGGCUUUUCAAACACCACCCCAAUCACCAGCUCAAACUUCUCAGCCAUCUGCCCAGCAGUAUUGCAGCAGUUGAAUUUCCACCCCUGUGAUGCUAGGCUCAAGGGGAAAACCAAACCAAGCCUUUCAGAAGUUUGGGGCUACGGCUUCCUGUCGGUGACAAUAAUUAACUUGGCAUCUCUCCUUGGAUUGGUUUUGACUCCGUUGAUAAAGAAGUCAUAUUUCCCCAAAAUUUUGACCUAUUUUGUGGGACUGGCUAUAGGGACUCUAUUUUCUAAUGCGAUUUUCCAACUGAUCCCAGAGGCAUUUGGAUUUAAUCCCAAAAGUGACAACUAUGUUGAGAAGGCGGUUGCUGUCUUUGGUGGGUUUUACCUACUUUUCUUUUUUGAAAGAACACUCAAGAUGUUACUGAAGACAUACGGUCAGAAUGAUCAUACUCACUUUAGAAAUGAUGACUUUGGUCCUCAAGAAAAAACACAUCAACCUAAAGCGCUGCCUGUAGUCAAUGGUGUGACGUGCUAUGCCAACCCCGCUGUCACAGAGCCUAAUGGACACAUCCAUUUUGAUAGUGUCAGUGUCGUGUCUCUCCAGGAUGGAAAAAAGGAGUCAAGCUCAUGCACCUGUUUGAAGGGGCCCAAGUUGUCAGAAAUCGGGACAAUUGCCUGGAUGAUAACACUCAGUGAUGCACUUCACAACUUCAUCGACGGCCUGGCGAUUGGAGCCUCCUGCACGCUGUCGCUUCUCCAGGGUCUCAGUACUUCUAUAGCAAUCCUGUGCGAGGAGUUUCCCCAUGAGCUAGGGGACUUUGUGAUCUUGCUCAAUGCAGGGAUGAGCACGCGGCAAGCCUUGUUGUUCAACUUCCUUUCUGCCUGUUCCUGCUACAUUGGGCUGGCAUUUGGCAUUUUGGUGGGCAACAAUUUUGCUCCAAAUAUUAUAUUUGCACUUGCUGGGGGCAUGUUCCUCUACAUUUCUCUGGCAGAUAUGUUUCCAGAGAUGAAUGAUAUGCUGAGAGAAAAGGUAACUGGAAGGAAAAAGGAUUUCACCUUCUUCAUGAUUCAGAACGCUGGGAUGUUAACUGGCUUCACGGCCAUUCUGCUCAUUACCUUGUACGCAGGAGAGAUCGACCUGGAGUGAUAGCAAACCCAAGAUGGUCUUGCUCAUGAAGGCAUUUCAGAAAUUGCAAGGAAACAUCUCCAAAGGGAUUGUUAAACUUACCCUAUUUAGUUAAAAGAUAAUUUUUGUUUUCAAGAUAGUCAAAUUACCACUUGCAGAUCCAGAAAACAGACCGUUAUUUGUGGUUUAAAAUGUUUCAAAAUGUUUUUUGGUUCCAGUCUGAAAUACUUGGUAUAUGGGUCUUUUGUAAAAAUCUAUUUUUCAGUGUUUUAUGACUAUAUUAAAAUCAUCAUGUGGCAAGUUACAUGCAUUCUAUAGUUAUGCAGACACCUAGACCAAGAGAAAAAUACAAGAUACAUCAUGUAUAGGUCACAUAAGGCUUUAAUAGUAGGAUAGAAGUUUCAGCUGGCUACAGAAUGGUUUUCUUGCUAUUAAUUUGUUCUCAAGCAUUCAAGAGCAGGUACAGUCCAAAAUGAAGAGAAUGAAAAUAUUUUCAGCACAGACACAAAUGAUUCCAAGGUCUCAUUAUUAUUAUUAUUAUUUGAUUUGUUUUGUUUUGGUAGGUUGUGGUGCUUGAACUCUAGGCCUGGGCAUUAUCUCUGAGUUCUUCAGCUCAAGGCUAGCACUGUACCACUUGAGCCACAGUGCCAC